CAAUUUCAAAAAGUACAUUGCCAUUGCUGCAGGGAGCUGCGAGCACCACCAUGGCGCCGCGCAGGAGCACUCGCUCUACCCGCGCAAACGAUGCCAAAGACAAGGAGAAACAGGCAGAGGAGGUUGUUGUGCAGCCAGAACAGGAAGCCGUUCCAGAGGUUGCACCACAAGCGGAGAAAGCGGAUGACGACGAAAGCAUUGCCCUGCUCCCAGUCAUGGACGAUAGGGCAGGAGCUGAGAGCGUUAUACCGCCUGCAGUAGCGAGUGAAGAAGUAGGCACGGGUGAUCUGAAGGAAGAGAAGGUAGAAGCAAAGCCAGAAGAGGAGGUAGAAGCGAAGCCGGAAGAGAAGGUUGAAGCAAAGCCAGAAGAGAAGGUUGAAGCAGAGCCAGAAGUGAUCAAGAGCAAAGUGGAAGAGCCUGUGAAGAGCUCAAGGCACAAGGAAAGUGAGAGAGCGCGGUCUGAGAAGGAGAGCAGCCGGCGGAGGGAAGAUAAAGAGCAUGAGAGCGAGAAGAAGGAUGCGAAACCAAAGGAGAGCGGCAGAGGCCACAGGGAAGGUGGGGAGGAGAGGAAAGAUCGGAGUGGGAGGGACGGGGAUAGGAAAGAGGCAUUAGAAAGAAAGGAGCAGGGGAGAGGCGAUGAGAAGAAGAGGGAAGAGCGAGACAAGGUUGAUCGGUCACGAUCAGAUCAUCCACGGGAAAGUGAGAGGAGGAAGGAUGAUGAGCGGAGGAAGGAAGAGGGUCGCGGCAAGCGGUCUGAGAAGGACGUGGAGACGAAGCGAGAGGACGAGAAGAAGCGACAAGAGGACAGGAGGAAGGAGGAUGAGCGGAGGCGCGAGAGCGAGCGUCAUCGUAGGGAUGGGGACCGGCAUAAGGAUGACCGGAGUAGAAGGGAGGACGAUAGGAGCAAGAAGGAGGAGGAUAAGAGCAAGCGGGAAGAUGACCGCAGCAGGAAAGGCGAGGAGAAGCCUGGGAGGGAUGAGGAAAAGGGGAGGCGGGAAGGGGACAGAAGCAAGAGGGACGAUCCGCCAAAGAGAGACAGAGACGGCGAGAGGAAGAGGGACGCUGAGAAGGAGUCAGCGCCAGUGCCGCUGCCGCCUCCUCCACCCCUGCCACCAAAUGCAGACGUCGAGAAAGUAAACUUGGAUGCUCUCAAGGAGGGGGCGGAAACCGCCAGAGUAAAGGACCCCUCGGCUGAUGAGAAACCCAGAAAAGACGAGAGGGUUGCGAAAGACGGCGAUAGAAGAGGAGACGAGAAGCGGGAGGAUCUCGCAAGGGGACGCUCUGACAAGGACAGGGCCGGACGGCGAUCGGCCCCCCGGGAGAGCGACCGCCACCGCGACCGGGGGCGUUCCGACCGCGACCGAGAGAGGGACCGAGAACGAGAGCGGGAGAGCGGAAGGGAGCGCGAGAGGGACCGCGGCCGCCGGCCCCUCUCCCCUCCCCGCCGGAAACAUCGCAGCCGCUCACGUUCCCUCUCCCCCAGAGACGCGCGCAGGCGGAGCUCUCCUCGGCGGCGCAGCCCCGCCUCCUCACGGCCCGUUAACAAGCGCGCGGGGUACUAUUCCAGCGGCCUGGGGGGGUACUCUCCGAGGAGGCGGAAGAAUGGAGACAGGGAUAGCCCAUCGCUGUCGCCGGACCGGAAGCGGAGCAAGGGGGGGGGGGAGCAUGGGAUCAGCCCCCCCCUGGGAUGGACGCAACGGCGGUUGCACUGUGGCAGCAGCAGAUGGCGAUGGCGCAGCAGAUGGCGGCGGCAGCAGGGGCGAACCCCGAGCAGCCUGCCCAACUUGAACCCCCUCCUAACCGGAAUGGGUUCCGUCCAAAGCCCUGCCGUGACCCGGUCGCAGCGCCGGCUGUACCUGGGUAACCUGCCCCCGACGGUAUCCGAUGGCGAGGUGCUCGAGUUUCUGAAUGCGGCCAUCAUUUCGGGGGGGCAGCAGCACGUCCCCGGCACGAGGCCUGUUGCAGCAGUGCAGCUAACCCUGGACAAGGGUUUCGGGUUUGCCGACUUCACCCACCCGGAGGACGCCACCAUCGGCACUUUGCUCGAUGGUAUCGUCCUUCACGGAAACGCCCUCAAGAUCCGGCGGCCCCGGGACUAUGUCCCGCCACCCACCGAGUUGCUCGCAGCAACUGCUGGCGCGAUGCCUGCCGUAGCGGGGGCGGUUGGUCUCCCCGGGCAGCCGGCUGUGGCUGCGCCAGGCACUGUGACCACUGCCAGCUCCAUCCCCCUGGCAGCUAUUCCCCAGAGCAUCGUCCCGGGCUACAUCUCCACGGACGUGCCGGACGGUCCAAAUAAGAUCUUCCUGGGCAACAUCCAUCCGUCGAUCACAGUCGAGAAGCUGCGCGAGAUCUUGACCGCGUUCGGGCAGCUGAAGCACUACGUCAUGAAGUACAACAAGAACGUGAAGCCCUUCAAAGUGUACGCGUUCCUUGAGUACAUGGAUUCCGCUGUGACCCCCCAGGCGAUCGCGGGCCUCAGCGGGCUGAUGCUGGCGCGGAAGCCGCUGGUGACGGCAUAUGCCACGCCCACGGUGCAGCUGGGCGGCGCGGAGGGCAAGGAGCCCACGUACGCGGUCCCGGAGCUCGCCAAGCCGCUGCUGGAGGAGCCGUCGAAAGUGCUAGAGUUUGCCAACAUUGUGACUCGGGAGGAGUUGCUCACGCUGACGGAAGAGCAAGUUGAGGAGGUCAUCGAAGACAUCACGCUCGAGUGCGCGCGCUUCGGGACCGUCAAGUCCUCGCACGUGCCCAAGCCGGUCCGGACCGCGAAGAAAGAAGAAGCGGGCGAUACGAAGGAUACCAUUGUCAAGAUGGAGAGCGAUGCCGAUGCAAAGCCAGGUUUGUUGCAGAACGGCGGGGCGGUAACGGUGAAAACGGAGCCCAUGGACGAGGAUGAGAAGACGGAAGAUGAAAAGAAAGAAGACGAGAAGAUGGAAGAAGACGGGAAAGCGGAGGAGGACGGGAAAGCGGCGGAGGACGGGAAAGUGGAGGAUGACGUCGAAGAGGACGAUGACAAGAAGCGGGUUGUGUUGUUGGGCGACGCGGGCGCAGGCGUCAAGAAAGAGGAGGAGUUUAUAAGCGUGGAGGAUCCGGAGGGCGUCGGGAAGAUCUUCGUGGAGUUCUCGCGGGAGGAGUCGGCGGUGAAAGCUGCGCAAGCGUUGCACAACCGGGUGUUCAACGGCAAGCGCGUGGCGGUCGGGUAUCUGCCGGUCAAGCUGUAUCAGAAGCUGUACGGCAAGGGCUUCGGGCUGUCGCACAAGUCGUACGACGAGCGGCAGGAGCUGUCGAUCAAGGUGCAGGACUUCCUGUACGGCCCCGUUUAGCGAGGUCUUGGCAUCUUGUCCAACGUGGCCGUGCUAGGCACGUUUGUAGAUCGCAGCAGGUGUCGUCUUGUUUGCGGUCUGGACUUGCAAAACUAGGCGGACUCUGGCUGUCGUGAAGACGACUUCAAAGAAGUAGGAAGCCCGCCUAAGAAUCCUGGAUCAAGGUGUGGAUGCUGCAUCCUCAGGCCUUUGUUGGUGAAUAGGCCUUGUUGGUGAAUAGGCCUGAUUGGCCUGCAG